UUCCAAGCAGAGCAGAGCAGAGCUGCACAGGGCCCUAAAAUUAUCUGUAGCCAGGAGCUUUCCAUGUUCGUGAAGGGAGAGCAAAACCAGUGGCCCACAUGCAACAAACGCUCGCUUUAUUCUAAACCAUUUGAGUUCCAAAUCCCAUUCAUUUUUCUCUCAUCUCCACCUCCAUCUUUCAUACUUGUUGAUUUAUAUAUAUAUAUAUAUAUACAUACAUACAUAGACAGUAUCUAAUACGCUCUGUAAUUAUUGUAUCAUGUCUUAUAGCGGGAAGUGGGUAAGACUGUAGUAACCUCACCCGACCGCUUUUUCUACUUUUUCGCGUUCGUCCAUGGGUUCUUCCUAGGAGGCGGACGAGGGCGGCUGGGAUCUCGACAUUCUAUUCGAGUCUAUAAUGAUGGGUUCUCAGAUUUGGCAAGUGGGUGUUUGGAUUUGGGUGUCGUUCUUCGUUUGCUCCUCCUUUUCUCCGAGUUCAGGGAGCCGAGUUGCGGUGCCGGACGGCGGCGCCGGGAGUUCCCAAGGGACUGUUUUCGUCGACGGGAAAAGCGCCAUUGGAAGGAUUGACGAUGAUUUUGUGUGCGCCACAUUGGAUUGGUGGCCUCCGGAGAAAUGUGAUUAUGGGACAUGCAGCUGGGGUCUGGCUUCUCUGCUCAAUUUGGACCUUAACAACAAUAUGUUUUUGAAUGCCAUUAAAGCCUUUUCCCCACUGAAGAUUAGAUUAGGUGGCAGCUUGCAAGACAAGGUGAUAUAUGGAACAGAAGAUGAAAAGCAACCCUGUGUUCCAUUUACUAGGAAUGCUUCAGAGAUGUUUGGUUUUACUCAGGGGUGUUUACCUAUGAAAAGAUGGGAUGAGCUCAAUGCCUUCUUCCAGAAAUCUGGGGCCAAGAUCAUCUUUGGACUAAACGCUCUCAAUGGGCGUUCUAUCAAGUCUGAUGGUUCUGCAGUAGGACCUUGGGAUUACACCAACGCUGAAUCCUUUAUUCGGUAUACCGUUGGAAAGAACUAUACCAUCCAUGGUUGGGAACUUGGGAAUGAGUUGAGUGGAAGUGGAGUAGGAACAAGAGUUGCAGCAAAUCAGUAUGCUCUAGACACUAUAGCUCUGCAAAACAUUGUGCAGACCAUUUACAGCAGUGUGGGCUACAAGCCACUAAUCAUAGCACCAGGUGGUUUCUUUGAUGGAACCUGGUUCAAAGAAUUUAUUGAUAAAACAACCAAAUCUUUGGAUGUUGUAACCCACCACAUAUACAAUCUUGGGCCAGGAGUUGAUCAACACCUUGUGGAAAGAAUUCUUGACCCACACUAUCUUGAUGGUGAGGCUAAUACAUUCCGGGACCUCAAAAACACCCUAAAAAAUUCUAAAACUUCAGCAACUGCAUGGGUUGGUGAGGCAGGAGGGGCUUACAACAGUGGCCGUAAUCUUGUCACCAAUGCCUUUGUGUUCAGCUUCUGGUAUUUGGAUCAGCUCGGAAUGUCGUCAGUCUAUGAUACAAAAACAUACUGCAGACAGUCAUUGAUUGGGGGGAACUAUGGUUUGCUCAACACAACCACCUUCGUUCCGAAUCCAGAUUACUACAGCGCUCUUCUUUGGCACCGGUUAAUGGGCAGAAAUGUUCUGUCCACAAGUUUUUCAGGAAACAACAAAAUUCGUGCCUACACUCAUUGUGCAAAACAAUCUAAAGGGAUCACAGUUCUGCUGAUCAACCUAGACAGUAACACCACCAUUGAGUCCAAAGUUCAGUUCAAUAGUUCUUGGGCAGUGCGCCACAAGCACAGAAACAUGUCUCACAAACGAAUUAUUCUAUUGCCUAAAGACUCGACGAUGCCAGGAUUCAUAAGAGAGGAAUAUCAUCUAACAGCACAAGAUGGAAAUUUACAGAGCCAAAAGAUGCUACUUAAUGGAAAUGUUUUAAGUGUAACAUCAUCAGGGGACAUACCUUCUUUGGAGCCUGUUCAUGUAAAUUCAACAUUGCCAAUAACUGUUGGUCCUUUUUCGAUUGUAUUUGUUCAUAUGCCCAGUAUUGUUCUCCCUGGCUGCAGUUAG